UUAACAGGCAUAAUCCAGAUGAAGUGGGCAUGUACCAGGUCACAAUGAUUCCCUAUAUGGAUGCUGGCUUCUCUCACCCUUACACUGGCAGUGUGAAUAUAAUGGUGGGCGAUCCAAUCUACAUAGAAGUCUCUGUUCAAGGAGUGGACAGCACUCAGAUUGCCCUGGUGAUGGAUACAUGUUGGGCCACACCUGUAUAUGAGAAGCACUACCCUGUCUACUGGGAGCUGAUUACUCAAAAAUGUCCCAAUCCAAAUGAUGGCACAGUGAAUGUUCUUCAGAAUGGUUUAUCCACAAUUGGACAAUUCUCCUUCGGGAUGUUUUCAUUUGGUGUAGACCAGUCCAGCGUUUUCCUUCACUGCAGCGUUCACCUUUGCCUGCUAGAAAAUAACAACUGUGCAGUGGAUUGUUCUUCUGAAAAUCCCCAACGUGUAGUCAGAUCUGUGGACAACCAUGAUAGUGCCUCCAUCUCCAUGGGGCCUUUUAAUCUGGUCAACUAAAAACAGAGACUUUUAGCCCCAAAAGGAAUUAAAACUUUCAUUUACUGGAUUUCCUGAGCAUUGAAACCAUUAUCUGAAAGGAAAACAUUAAGACCAACGAUUUACUGCUUUUAAUUGAUCUAUUAAUGAAUUUCUGUCUUCUGAAUCAUAAAGUAACUUUAUAAUUAAUUUUUUAUUAUUAAAUGAGGGUGUUUGAGGUAAAUGAAAUGUGGGGAUUAAUAAGAAUUUAUGAUGAAUUCAUUCAUUGAUUUAAUUAUUGCUUUAAAUUUAAUAUUUUAGGAAGUAAGAUAAAGUAAGAUAAAGAUUUUAUUCUUGGGGUUUGAAUGAGUUUUUGUACUUUGGCCUGAGGAUUCUAUGGUAAACUUGGAAAAAUAUUUUUCAUGUCUGUAUUCUUUUACAGUUUCAAUAAAUUUCUCUCUUUAAAGUCA